AUGUCGACGCCUCGAGGCGAGGGCAGCUCCCGUUCAGCCGACGCGUUCGAUGGUUCCACGCAGCUCGACUCGGCGUCUGGGCCGAUCGAGGGGUUCAGCAAGCUCGGAGCCAAGAUCUCGUGCCUCGCGUGCCGUGCCGCCAAACGCAAGUGCAGCUCCGUGGACCCCGACACCAUCUGCAAGCGGUGCUCGACGCACAAGAUCCCGUGCGAGUACAAACGGCAUCGUCGUGGGCGCAAGAAGAAGGCGCCCGACGCAUCGCAGUGGCCCGCGCCGACCUUCAACGGGCCGUCGACCGUCCAGUCGGCACGCCUCGCCCCGUCCGCUCCGCCCUUCUACCCGUCGAUCGCCUCAACCUCAGCUGUCACGCUCGAUGGGCCCGCCGUCGGCUGCGCCAGGUCGCAAGCCCCUCCCGGGUUGUCGCAAGAUCAACCUGUCGCGCCGGCGUCCUACACGUUGCCCGUCCCGCCGCCGCUCGGCGGCCGACGCGUCGACAUCCAGUUCUCGCACGUCGUCCCGACAGGCGACUCGAUGCCGUUCGUCGCUGGGGCGCUCAACGCCGCGCCGCCGCCAGCCGCCGGGCCGUUCCUCCCGACCGACUGCCCCGACCCUGUUCACGCCGGCAUCCUCACCGAGCGGGACGCCAUCGACCUCUUCAAGACGUACUUCUCGACUAUGAAUCUCGUCGUGCCCGUCCUCGACCCGGCGCUCCACUCGCCCGACUGGGUCCGGCACAAGUCGGCCCUCCUGUUUACCGCCGUCAUCACCGUCACCGCCAAGGCCGAGCGCCCAAAGGCGUACCACGCCUGCGUCCUCCUGUCGAACAAGCUCGUCGGCCAAGCCGUCGAGUUCGGCCUCUCGACGAUCGAGGUCGUCCAGUCGCUCCUCCUCCUGACGCACUGGAAGCAACCCAACGACUCGUCGAGCUGGCGCAAGGUCGGGUACGCCAUCCGCAUGGCGCAAGAGCUGCGGCUCCACGUUCGAGCGCCGAGGCCACUUCCCGAGGACGAGCACCAGGCGCGCGAGGUCCUCAACAAGGAGCGAGCAUGGCUCAACCUCGUCGUCGCCGACUACCACCUCGCCAUCCACCACUCACUGCCGCGCAUGAUCUCGGAGGAGGACGUCGACGACCCGGCCGACUGGGUCCUCGAGCAUGCCGACAAGCUUCCCUGUCCUGGCGAGUCGACGUUGCCGCCGUGGAUAACGUUCUCUCGCCUGUGCCGCCAGUACGCCGACACGCUCGCCGACAUGACCGGCGAUCCGGCCAACACGCGGUCGCUCAAGUGGCUCGAGAACGAUUGGCGACGAUGGCGGUCUCGAUGGCUCGGCGUCAAGCCCGGUCUGGCCUUUCUCCCGCCGCAGAUCUCGGCUCUCCGGCUCUGCGACGCCUUCUUCCGCUUUCACAUCGCCGAGUGGAAGCUCCUGUGGGUCGCCCGGUACUCGAAGGACCGCGUCCUCCACGUCGACGAGCCGAGCGAGCUGUCGAGCACCUUCUGCGAGUGCGUCGACGCCUCACUCGCUCUCGCGGCGGUCUUCCAGAACGACUUUGUCGUUCCGGGCUACUUGUCGUUCUGCUUCAACCUGUCGUACGUCGCCCUCGCCGUCGUGAGCGUCUGGCUCGUCAAGAACAUCGUCGCCAUGUCGUCGAGUGACCGCGACCGCGUCAUCCGCACGCUCAACGAGGUCCGCUCGUCGACCGAGGACGCCUCGCCUGUCGUCGCUCGCCGCCGUGCCGUCGCCCCAAGAUCGUCUCGAGCCGCCUCUUCGACCUCGACCCAGUACGAUCACUCGGCAGCUGCACCAGAGCCGACGCCGCACAGCGCGCACUACCUCCACCUCGACCGACUCGCCGACGCCGACACAUCGUCCUGCGCCGCUUUCCCUUGGUCGCUCGCCACGCAGCAGAUCAUCCAAGAGAACCUGUACGCUCCGCACCUGCACGGUGCGGCGUCGACGGGCACGAGCGGGCAAGGGCUCGGCGGCGGUCCGCCGUUCGACAACGGGGUCGGUGCGCAGGACGCUUUCUUCGAGCCGGGCUCGGCGCCGAUGUCGCAGGACGACAUGCUCUUUCCCGCCGCAGACGACGACAUCUGGCGCCUCCUCUUCCCCAUCACCGACACGUACCCCGCCUGACGACGCGACUCGUCGACCGUCGUUGAAGGAGGAGUAGGGCUCGGCGGGCGAGAACGAGGACGGCGGCGGGCGUGAAAUACCACUGCGGCGUCCUCCCUUCCUCGGACCGUGCGCACGGUCCCUCGGCCGUCCGGCGCGUCUUCAGCGGGGCUUUCUCUCAGGAGGCGUGAGUGAACCUGCAAGUUGAGCGAGACUGGACCUGCAAGCCACGCAGGGCGAGACCACGGUUCGUUCGACCUU